GCGUGGCCUCGAAACUCUUCUCGAGGUUCAGCUCGCUGCGAGCUGUGGACUGUGGUGCACACACGCGGACAGGCCUUAUCCACACCUGCCUCAGCCCUCACCCCUUCUCCCCCAGCAUCGUCAGGAAUCCACGGCAGCAUAUCCUCCUCUCCAAUGCUUCCAUGGAUUUCUUCUAGCUAGCUAGCUUCUCAUGCAUACUGCGUCCGGAGAGAACAAGAGAGAGAUUAGAUCAUAUUUGGUGGUGCGGCGUGAUGGCAUUGGCCAUGACCAGGCUAGUCCACCACCACCCCCGCUGCAUGCUGUCCAAGAACCCAAGAACUCCGGCGCCGCCGCCGGCCACGCAGCACCACGCUCCUAGGCCGCUGGCCACGACGCCGUCGUCCCACUUCUUGCUCCGCUCCGUUGACGUAUCCAAGGACGACAAGCCGACGCUGGAGACGACGACCACGCCGCCGCCUGAUCCACCGGCGGCGGCGGCGGGCUUGCAGACCGAAGAACAAGCGGUGCCGUCGCAGGAGGAGGAGGAGCCGAAGGUGGACCCGCGGCGGCUCGAGGAGAAGUUCGCCGUGCUGAACACGGGGGUGUACGAGUGCCGGUCGUGCGGGUACCGGUACGACCAGGCGGCCGGGGACCCGUCGUACCCGGUGCCGCCGGGCCUGCCGUUCGGGCAGCUCCCCGACGACUGGCGAUGCCCGACGUGCGGCGCGGCGCAGUCCUUCUUCGAGAGCAAGAGCGUCGAGAUCGCCGGGUUCGCGCAGAACCAGCAGUUUGGCCUCGGCGGCAACUCCCUCACCGGAGACCAGAAGGCGCUGCUCAUCUACGGCAGCCUCCUCGUCGGCUUCCUCUUCUUCCUCUCCGGCUACUUCCUGCAAUAAUAAAGCGAUGAAAACAUCAAGAGCUCCCUCGCUCGCAUUUCCUAAUUCUAGGUGUACUUCUGCUAUAUAUGUUUGUAGCCUGGUACCAAGUACCUACAUAAACAUUUCAAUGGCUAAUUAUUCGGUGCGAAUACUCAAAAGUUUGCUCCAUUUUCAAUUUCCAGUUGAAUUUGGAUAGCAAGUAACUUCAUCCAAACGGCAGCCAUUAUAUUAUAGAGUUUUUCGGCUC